AUGGAAUGGAAUGGCCAUUCUAUAGGGUCUCCAACCUUAGAGAAGUUCCUCUCAUUUGUUUCCAUAGUCUUGUUUCUUGUGUUGUCUUCGCCCAAUUCAGCUUCUGCUUCUGUUCAAGAAGCUAAAGCUCUCCUCAAAUGGAAAGACAGCCUUCAACACCAAAACAAUUCUAUGCUAAAUUCGUGGAUUUUUCCAUCUAAUUAUAAUGCCACAGUUUCUUCAAGCCAUCCAAAAACAAGUGUUAUCCCAUGCACUUGGUCCGGAGUUUCUUGCAGUAUUCAUGGAAGUGUCAGGAGACUGAACCUCAAAAAUUCAAGCGUUGAAGGUACGCUCUAUGAUUUUCCAUUUUCGUCCCUCCCUCAUCUUGCAUAUAUUGAUCUCAGCAUGAAUGUUCUUUCUGGUGCCAUCCCACCUCAAGUUGGUAAACUCUCAAAACUCAUCUAUUUUGAUUUGGCCAUCAAUCAGUUUUCCGGAAUAAUCCCACCACAAAUCGGAAAUCUGACAAAUCUUCAGGUCCUCCACCUGUUCCAAAAUCAGUUAAAUGGCUCAAUUCCUAAAGAAAUAGGCAAUCUAAAGUCCCUUUAUGAGCUUGCUUUGUACACAAACAAUCUCGAGGGUCCCAUUCCCGCUUCUUUGGGCAGUUUGAGCAACUUGGCUUAUUUGUAUCUCUAUGAAAACAAACCCCCCGGUUCCAUUCCUUCAUAA